AUGGCUUACACUUUACUUCGAGAUGAUUCAUCCUCAUCCAUUAUAGGACCAACUGUUCAAUUCAUCAUUAUAGGUCAGCUUUUAACUUCUUUCAAUCUUCUUAAAUUUCAUGAAAAAGGUACAUAUACAACGAUUACAUUCAAAGAAAUGGAUAUUCCUCUCCUCUGUCCUGCAAAUUACAAUUAUACUUCACCUUUAGUCAAAUCUGCAUGUCAAAUUUGUAGCGCAAAUUUAAUUUUUAUGUGGGUAACCGGUGUAAUUCUUGCAUUACCUUUCUUAGCUUUUUAUGAUUCUUAA